UCAAGUAAAGGAGCAGAAUGAGAGUUAAUAGAGAGGCAUAACACCUUAUUAUAAUAAAGAUGUUCUCAACUAAAAUGGCUUCUUCCACUUCCAGAAUCUUCUCCUCGCCCUCUACGCUACGACGUCGUUUACCCAUUGUAGGCGCGUUUUGCAUGCUCACUUUGGGACUCACCAAUUUCUACACACCCUUGUAUUCCUCUGCCCUCAAAACAGAAUCCAAAUUGAGUAGCAGGUUUUCAACAAAGAGUAGCAAUUUCAUCAGAAUGGAAGGGAAUACCAAUAACACCACUGUUCCAAGUAUCGUUGUAUAUGUAACUGUUCCCAACAAAGAAGCAGGUAAGAAAUUGGCUGAAAGCAUUGUCACUGAGAAACUUGCAGCUUGUGUCAAUAGGGUACCAGGUAUAGAAUCAGUAUACCAGUGGGAGGGAAAGAUCCAAACUGAUUCUGAGGAACUUCUUAUAAUCAAGACUAGGCAAUCCCUUUUGGAAGCACUGACAGACCACGUCAAAGCAAAUCAUGAAUAUGAUGUGCCAGAGGUGAUCUCCUUACCCAUCACUGGGGGCAAUCUCAAAUAUUUAGAAUGGUUAAAAGAGAGCACAAGGGAGUGACUAUCAAGUUUAUAACCUGAUGGUGGGGUUCAAGUCUCGAGUUCUUCUGCCUUUGUGUGUCAAAUAAACCUUGCAUGUAAUAUAACUAGUCAAUGGUGUCUGAACAUACUAGAUAAAGGAUGAGAAUCAAUGUUGUAUUACUGCUGAUGGCAGCAAUGGGAUGAAUAUGAUUUGAUGUGAGUGGACAUUUUGUGAUUUUAUGCACAAGGGGUCUUUUUUUUCGUA